AUGGACCCCCUCUCCCCCUCGGACGACAUCAACGCAGGCUGGUCCUCCCCCACCGACCACACCUCCCCGCUCCCCCCGUCCCCCGCCCCGCCCACCACCGCCUCCAGCUCGGGCUUCUCGUCCGCCGCCUCGUCCUCCGCAGCCGGCCUCCGUGAACCAAAGAUAUUCGGAGCACCCGGGAUGGGCCUGGUCAGUCCGCCCCCGGAUGCUCAGUUUGAUCAUGCAAAGACGAAUGGCGCGAAAGAGCCGCCGAGGCCGUAUUUGAGAGUCAGGAUCGGCACGCUGGAGAGGAAUAGGAAGGACCUGCUGGUCCGCUUCGAUGCGAGUACCAACCUGCAACACUAUAGACUGCCUCUGUAUAAAAACAUGCAGAGAAGCUACGUCGAGUUUCAAAAGUUCGCGGAGCAGGUGCAACUGCUUUGUCCUCAGACUAUAAUACCCGCCCUGCCGCUCCCGUCUACGUCGGCAAUGACGGAUGAGGAAGACGAUAGGCUGGUCAGGAUUGCGCUUCAGAGAUGGUUCUCUAGGGUAUGUGAAGACCUGGUCUUGAUGAAGGAGCACGAGUUGAGGAGCUUUAUCGAAGCAGAGUUUAGUUACAAUCCGAUUACACCACAAAAUGCCCGACGCGCAGGAUCCUCAACUGUCCUAUCCGCCCUCACCAAAGUCGUGCGCCGCGGCCCCCUCGACGAGGAUGACGAGCUCGCCUCCGCCAAGAUUGCCCUCGAGAAACUCGAAGAGCGCUAUGCCCAAGCAGCCACUUGUGUCAACCAGCUCGGCAAGGCGAGGAGGCAAUUGGCGCAGAGUAAUGCGGACGUGGGGGCCAGGAUGAUUUCGUUGAGCACUGUGGAGAGUGAGCCGAGCUUGGCGGGGGCGGAGAGAAAGAUGGGCAGGACUUGGGAACAUGGUUCUGGUUUGAUGGGUUCUCAGGCUGCGCAUGAGAAUGUCAUCCUGAGCGACUCUAUUGGCUACCAAGCCCUCAACGCGCGAGCCGCCAAGGAUACUCUUACUCAGCGUACUCUGGUGCUUGAAGAUGCUCAAGCAGCCACCAAAUCGGCCAUCAACAAGCGCAGAGCGUUGGAGAGGUUGAAGGGCAGCUCAAACAUCAACCAGAACAAGGUCGAUGACGCUAUCAGCGAGAUGCAAGAGGCCGAUGCUCUCGAAGAUACUCUCUCAAAGCGCGUAUCAGCCAUCUCUGAAAACCUCCACACCUCCCUCCGAGCGCACUCGCGCCACGCCCACGAAGACAUUGCCAUCAGCCUCCUCGAAGCCGCGCGCAUGUCGGUCAUGUACCACAAACAAACGCUGAAAGAGCUCGAGAGUUUGAAAGUGGAUGUGGGGAAAGUGGCCCCUGGGGCUGCGCCUUUACCUGUGGAGAAGAGGACGGCGGCGGGGCAGACGCAGGUGCCGGCUAGAGUCCCGCCGAUGGUGAGGCCUCCGCCGCCGCCUCAGCAGCAAGCGUCGUUCCAGGGUGUUCGGUCGCCUCCUGCGCAGGUGCAAGCGGUCCAGCCUGCGCAGGCUCAGACUCUGGCGCAGGGGCAGUACCCUCGGGGAGUACCCACGUCUCAACAGGCCGGACCAUCCCAACCGCCUUUUGGGGCUGGCUAUCCCCGACACGCGAAUCCAUACCAGAACCAACCUGUAUCGCCUUUCCACUCCCAGCCCUCUCCCUCGCCAUACCACACCCAAGCUGCUCCUUCUCCAUACCAUACUCAUCCUCAUCCUUCUCCGCAAUACCAGACCCAGGGCGCACAAUCGCCUUACGCCAACCAACCCCAAUUCCAGAUCCCCCCUCCUCAAAACACCGUCCCACAACAAAGCUACUACCCCCAAACCGGUCCUCCUCCCCCCCAGAUCCCUGUGGGGGUACCCACUUCCCCACCCCGCGCCAACCUGGUGCCCGACGGGUCACAGACCAUGUUCUUGCCUCCAAAUGGUGGGGGCGGGAUCCAGAGACCGCACUCUGCUGCUCCGUAUGCUCCGUAUUCUAAUGGCGAUGGCGGGGCUGACCCUCUUGGCGGUGGCGGGUUCCGCCCCCCUCCCCCUCCGCCUGGUGGACACUUGCCUCCUGGACACGUGCAAGGGUUCCCGCAAGGACAGAUGGGCAUGGCGCAGAGCAUGUUUGUGCCCGGACACCCGGGCGCGGGGCAACCUGGGUAUCCUGGUCCACCUGGAGCACCGGGGACGCCGGGGGUGUAUGGCCCGGGACCGCAGAGGGCGGGGUCGAUGGGGCGGAAGAGGCUGGAUGAGCGCAAGGCUGCCAAGUUGUUGGCUGGUGGGUUCUAG